AUGGCUCAUCGCUGCUUUGUCGUUCCGCCUCACCUUCUCAAGGCCAUUUCUGAGUCUUCUGCCAACUCUGAUGCUACUCGUCAAGCAGCUCGAGCUUGCCUUUCUUCUCACCAACAAGUCAUGGUCAAACGCAAGGACUGCUUACGGCACAAUAGUCGUCCUCGGCCUCGCUCUGCUGCGGACCCCUUUAUUCCGGCCCAUGUGCUCCAUUCUCCUCAUCGAAUGAUCUAUGAUGCUGGACAUGUCUCAAGUGAAGCUAAAUUACCCGGAAAGCUCGUUCGGGCGGAAGGCGACAAGGAGGCAAAGGACAACAGAGCCAACGAGGCCUACGACAACGUCGGGACUGUUUUGGAAUUCUACAAGCAUUACUUUGGCUGGAAAUCUAUUGACAACAAGAAUUCUGAUAUAAUCAGCUCCAUCCAUUUCGGCGAGCAAUACGAAAAUGCUUUCUGGGAUUCGGAAGAGCGACAAAUGGUCUUUGGGGACGGCGGCGAGUUCCUGAGCAACUUUACCGGAUGCAUCGAUGUCAUUGGGCACGAGUUAACGCAUGCUGUUACUGAGUACACGACUGCACUCAACUACGAGGGCCAACCUGGCGCACUGAACGAGCACGUCUCCGAUGUAUUCGGCAUCAUGAUCAAGCAAAAGGUUCAAGAUGAGAAGGCCAAAGACGCCGACUGGCUUAUCGGCGAAGACUGCAUCCUUCCCGGCGUCAAAGGCGUCGCUCUUCGAAGCAUGAAGGCUCCUGGCACGGCAUACGACGAUCCUCGUUUUGGAAAAGAUCCUCAAGUAGACAACAUGAAGGACUUUCAGCAAACAUACGAGGACAACGGCGGUGUUCACAUCUACUCUGGCAUUCCCAACAAGGCCUUUUACCUUGUUGCCAAGGCACUGGGGGGCUAUUCUUGGGAAAGGGCUGGGCAGAUCUGGUGGAAGGCCUUGCGAACCAAAGUGCACGCAAAUUGCACGUUCCUUCAGUUUUCCGACGCUACCGUCGACAUCGCGAAGGAAUUCGGCGUCGAUGCAGUCAAGGCGGUCCGGGACGCCUGGGACGCGGUAGGUGUGAGAGCCGAGAAGGACCCAGGUGACUGGUGUGUUGUUCUCUGA